UGCAGCUGAACCCUCUAUAAUUACAAAUAUUCAUAUUUCAUACUAUUGUAUAAAUUAGCCACUAAUUUUAUUUUAUUUCUUGAGGGUUCUAUUCUUGUUCUUGAUAAUAAAUAUUUUGUUUUUAUAUCCUGGAUUCCUGCCUUCAUUUUAGGAAGUUGAGUAAAAAGUUUCAAUCUUUGAGAAGCUUCAGUCUGGAGUUGUUCUGCUGCAGAUAAGGUUAAUUUUUGCUUUUUCUAUUAAUGUGAAAAUUUGUGGAGUUAUUUUUCUUGUGCUUGUUGUUUUUUGUUUCAUUUUAGUGGCGGUUGAUGUGGAUUUUAGUAAUUUUGCUGAGAUUUUGUUUGAAGUUUAAACAUUUUAAUUGUGUUUUAGAAAAAGGGUUGAUCUUUGAAUUGAAUAUGCAUGCUUGAGGAUCUAGAUAAGUGAGGGAUUUGUAGAGUUGCUUAAAAGAGGCCAAUGGGUAUGGUUUAUGAACUGAUGAUGGUUGAUUUUUGACUGAGAUAGAGCUUGAAAAGUACAUGAUUUAAGGUUUUAGGCAAAUGGGUAUUUGAAUCUGAUGUGAAUUUGUUAUGAAAUGAAAGGGAAUUUGUCUCAAGGUGGUAUGGUUUCAGGUGAGCUUCCUUUUGGAGGCCUUGACCUGCAAGGAUCCAUGAGGGUUCAUCAUCAAACACAAUACCAGCAUGCUUUAAAUCGAAAUACACACCCGGUUCAUCUCCAAGGCUCCUCUAUUCAUCCCUCUAUUCGCUUGGGUUUACCGCUGACCAUAGGCACCAUGAACCACUCUGAUCAGACCAUGUCCUUGAGUAAUUAUAGUAAGGGAGAUAAGGGGAAAAAUUCCGCGAGUGAUGAAGAUGAGCCGAGCUAUACAGAGGACGGCGGUGAUGGUCACAAUGAAGCUUGCAGAGGGAAAAAGGGGUCUCCGUGGCAGCGCGUUAAGUGGACUGAUAAAAUGGUGAGGCUUUUAAUAACAGCCGUUUCUUAUAUGGGUGAAGAUAUUUCUUCAGAUUGUGAUGGCGGGAUGAGAAGAAAAUUUGCGGUUUUACAGAAAAAAGGAAAGUGGAAAUUAGUCUCGCAAGUCAUGACGGAAAGGGGUUUUCGUGUUUCUCCUCAGCAAUGCGAAGAUAAAUUCAAUGACCUCAACAAAAGGUAUAAAAGACUUAAUGACAUGCUCGGGAGGGGCACUUCUUGCCAAGUUGUCGAGAAUCCUUCGCUUUUGGAUGUCAUAGAUUAUUUAACAGAGAAAGAAAAAGACGAUGUCAGGAAAAUUUUAAACUCGAAGCACCUCUUCUACGAAGAAAUGUGUUCGUACCAUAAUGGUAAUAGAUUGCAUCUGCCUCAUGAUCCAGCAUUGCAACAUUCCUUACAGUUGGCUCUGAGAAUUAAAGAGGAUCAUGAUAAUGAUGAUACGAGAAGGAAUCAGCAUGACGAUCUUGAAGAGGUCGAUCAAGAAGCGGAAAAUGAAGAUCAUGAUGAAUAUGAGGAGACUCAAACUUCACACGGAGAUUGCAGGGGAAUAUUCGGGGCUGUAGGGGGUUCAGUGAAAAGGUUAAGACAUAGCCAGGGCCACGGAGAUACUUGUUUUGGGUUCUCAUCUCAGGAUGACAUUAAAGUGUCAUUUUCGCAUAUGCAAAUUCCUCAAGUUGAUAUGAAUCAAACGCCAUCUGAAAGUAGUAGAGCUGCUUGGUUACAGAAGCAGUGGAUGGAAUCUCGCGCGAUUCAGUUAGAAGAGCAAAAGCAACAAAUUCAACUUGAGAUGCUGGAACUAGAAAAACAAAGAUUCAAAUGGAAAAGAUUUAGCACGAAAAGGGAUCAUGACCUAGAAAAGAUGAGAAUGGAAAACGAGAGGAUGAAACUUGAGAAUGAGAGAAUGGCAUUGGAGUUAAAGCGGAAAGAAAUGGGUGUUAAUUUCGCGUAAUUAUCUCUGCCCCUUCAGAUUUUGUUCAUCACAACAGUUGGUUUUGCAUGAAACACUACUUUCAGGUAUUCAUGAAGUGAGUGCUGUUGACUAUAUCUGCAGUGUUACUCUAUUUGUAUAUGUUAUGUAAGCUUAGGUUCAUGGCAAAGACCGUAAUCUAGUAAAAUUGUUCCGAGCAUUGAGGAAAAUUAUUGUUUGUGAUUGAAGAUAUUGUUGUUACAAGAAUGUUUUAUCUUCAUGAUCAACUUCAUGUGCUGAAAAUGUAUGAACUUGUGUCUUUUAACUUA